AUACAAUGUUUUUGUUCGAGGUCUUCUCAAAAUGAACAAGAUGGUUGAUGCAAUGCCAGUGUUGGAAGAGAUGGAUUCAAGGGGAUUCACACUUGACUUGACAAAACUGCAUAUUCGAUGUUGAUUGAAGCUGUGAAAUGGGAAGCUCUAGUUUAAAUCGUUGCUCUUCUCAACAAAUCAAUGGCGGCAGCUUAUGCAGCUAUAGUUUCUUACAAAAGUUUUGCCUGUGAAAGUUUUGCCUCCAUGGAUGAUCAAGCAAGGAAUGAAUCUUACACAAGAGCAACGUGGAGAGACCAAUCAAGAGGCGAAGAUGGGUGGUAGUUCAGUAGCUUUGGAGAUUAUCGAUGACAAGAAGUCUGCAGCUUUCGAUGAGGACAAAAAGAAUAUACAGGAUGAAUAUGCCAGAGCGUAUUAUGCUGCUUUACUUAAGCUCCAUCAUGAAAAAGAAGAAAAAAUCAAGAAAGAAGCAGAAUCACCUAAUGAUGUCAUCAUCACUGAAGUCUUCAAUGCUCCAUCUGAGCGCCAAGUAGGCAUGAAGUCGAAACGUGAAGAUGAACUUGAAGGAGAUGAUAUUGAAUGGGAGGAGGGGCCAUCUACUGGUAACACUUCCGAUCAAUUUAAAGUUCACGACUUGAACGUAGAAGCAAAAGCUACUCAAGAUGACGAGGAUGAAAACGACUGGGAGGACGGGUGAGGACCGAUACGCCAGCCUUUGCAGUUCAACGAGCUUCUCUACGUUGCAGGCUUCAUUUCCCAACUGGAAUGGCCUAAUUUUCCGACCCAUUCGGUUCAAAUUAUUCGGUUGCUAAUGAUGCGUCGCUGGAGGUACAGCGAAGAUGACCAAGAUAUUCGUAUUGAAAAAACUGAUACUCUCCUACAAAGAAAGAAUUUACCUUGUUUGUUUUGUUUUUGCCACUUUUUUUGGUGAUAUAUCAUACUACCUUUUGCAUCAAGAAAGUGUAUACAAAAGGAUGAUGCGAUAGCUGAGUUACGCUAUUAAAAAAGGAAUUUAUUUGUA